AUGACCAACGCACCAGUUGUCGACAUUGUAACGAAUGCGCUCGAGUUUUCGACUGGAAUUGGCGUGGACAUGUCUGUGUCUCUUUUGGGCUUCUUGAUUGCGGGAGGUGUGAUAUCGCCUCCGAAGCUAGCGCUAGUAUCCGUCGCCGUAGAAGAGUUAGCAUCCAACGGAGUUUGCGUGAUCGCUGCUGCGACUACUGGUGAAGCUGCUCCAUUAGGAAUCGCAACCGGCGGUGGGGCAUUUAUGGCUGGCAAAGUCGUGGAAGUGACGUUGGUAUUUCCGAUCACGCUACCGUCUUGCGUUGCCGUGGUGUUCGGACCUUGA